AUGAAAACAUUUAAUAUGAUGUCACAAAAUACAAUUUACUUAGACAUAGAAUUACGAAAAUUAAGACCAGCAGAAUUGUAUAUACUUUCACAAAUAUUAAAUAUAUCAGAUUCAUGGAAAAAAUUAAUGGCAAUUAUACCAAAAGAUGAUAUGCCUAAUCUUCCAAAAUUUAAUUCUGAACAUUUCAGUAUGAUUGAACAAGCUGCAAAUCAUCAAAGAAGUGCAGCAGAAAUAUUUUUAUCAGAAUGGGGCACAAUGGGUAAAAAAAGACCAACAUUAAGUGUUUUAUUGAAUUUUUUAGUAAAAGCAGAAUUAUUUAGAGCAGCCGAUUAUGUAGCUAAAGAUUUAUUAAAAGUAAAGGUUCCCGAACGACCAAAAUAUGGACCAGCAACACCUGUAGAUAUUUCGGAAGAAAUGAAAUUAUUAGAAGAAAAAGAAGAACUUGAAAAUUUUAAUUUCAAUGAAUCUUUAAUAUUUAAAUUAUCUUCUGAAGGUGUUGAUAAUAAAACAAUUAAUUCCAAUGCAAUGAAUGACAGUUCUUUGGAAAGAAAUAUACAGUUAACAAAAUUGAUUUCUUCAAAAGAGGAACAUAGUAAUGAACAAUUAGGAAAUAAAAAAACAUUAAAUACACAAAUGUUUGAUUUAAUGAAAUUUAGUCUUGAACAAAAUAAAAAAGAAUGUAGCAAGCAAGAACAAAUAUUUAAACAAAAAGAAAUGUUGUCUCAUGAGCUGCCUGUGUUUUUAAAUGAAUUUAAACAAACUGUAGAACAAACAAAAUUAUAUCAAGAAGUAUUAUCAGAGGAACUUCCAAUUUUUGUGAAGAAUAGUACAAUUCCAAUAAAUCAAAAUUUAUCGAAUUACCAUAUAAAUGAUUCAUUAAAUUUGUCCAAUCUGAAUAUUAAUAAAAAUGAAAUAAUUACUACUGAAUUGCCUCAAUGUGUUGUUGAAUUUUGUGUAAAUAAUGAAUUUAAUUGAAAUUAAUGAAAAUAAUAGGAAUAAUUGAGUUUGAAAAAAUUACAAUUACAGUUCUAUUGAGUAAUAUUAUAAAUCAUGUUACAUCAGUAAAUGAUAACAGCAACAUAAUGUGAAAAUGACAAAUAUAGACAUAUUUUUAAAAUAUAAGAAAUAAUAUAUUUUUUAAAGGAACAUAGUAUAUAUUUUAUAUAUAUGUUUAAAAAAAAAUUUUAAUUCAGAUAAAUAAAAUAUUUUUUAUAAAAAUAUUAUAUAUAUAAUUAUAAAUUAAUAUAUAACUUAAUCUAUAAUAUAUACAAAUAAAUAUAAUAUUUUUUUUAUGUAUAAUAUAAUUUAUCUUUAUAUAAAUAUAUUGAAAACCAUAUAUAUUUUUCCAUAUUAAUAUGUACACAACAUAAUAAUAAUUUAAUAUUAAAUAUACAUAUUAUAAAAUAUUAUGAUAUGAUCUGUAAUUAAAUUCAAAGAUGAAAAUGCAAAGAUAUCUUAAAGUACAUCAUAUUGUGCAAUAACAUAUGAAAUAUAUAAAAUGGAUUUACUGAUAUAUAAAACUUUCGAUAUAAUAGAAAAAUUGAUUAAGUCUUAUUUAAAAUUAAUAAGGAAUAUAGAAUUAUCUAAUAAAAAAUGAAAAUAUGUUUAUAGUUUAUCCAUCGCUAUUAUUACUUUGCUUCAUUGUGAAAUAAGCGCUCUGAAGUUCUUUGAGAUUGCUUUCUAAUGUUGCAACCUCAUCAUAUCUGCAAUCAGCUUUAGCUUGCUUAAUAUAAGCACGUAAAUUACUCAUUUGCUCAAUUAUUGGAUCCAUAGAAGAAGGCAUUAUAGGAGUAACACUAGAAGGACCCCAUCCUUGUGAUUGAUUUAGUACUAUAUUCGGCUGUAAAAUUGAUAAAAUUAAAUUAAGUAUAGAAAUUUUAA